ACCAGGGGAGGAGGUGAUUUUCCUCGCUGGCUCUCGCUCUUUCAUUCCCCCCCCCUCUUCUUCCUUCUUCUUCUCUCCUCUCGCUCCCUAAAAGAGUUUGCGGAGAACCGGGCUCUUUCAUUCCCGGCUGUGUUGCCUCCUUCCUCUGCCCUCCGCCAGCUCCAGCCCGCGGCUCCGCACGUCCGCGGGGCAGCGCCAUGGGCGCCGGCAGCUCCGCCGAGCCGCCCGCCCCUCAGGACGGAGUUGGGACCGCCGCCGAGCCCCCCGGCACCCCUCCCGAGCCACUGCAAGCAGAAGAAGCGGCACGGGCGCCCCAGGCGCCAGCAGAGCCCGCCAAGGUUUUAGAUGCAAGUUUACCAGUACCUGAUAUUAAUGAAGAUGAUUUGAAGCAUGAUGCUGCACCACAGGAGGCACUGCAGCCAGAAGCUGUUGCAGCACCUCAGGAGCUGGAUCGGCAACAGACGGAGGUGGCUUCACCUCUCCAAGAACCACCCAGAGAACAAGCAGAGACUCCUGGAACAAAUGUUGGAGAAACAGAACCUUCCAGUGCAACUGUGAAGGAAGGCACCGAAAUAAUGGAGACAAGUCCUUGUGGUUCGAGCACCGAGGAUGGUGUGGGUGCUGAGAAAGAGGAUGCUCAUACAGUGACAGAGUUGUCCUCUGUGGAAGACGAUGCAGAAGACCAUGCAUCUGAGGCCCAGUCUUAUGAUCUGGGUUUCAAGAAGGUUUUUAAAUUUGUUGGGUUCAGAUUCACAGUGAAGAAGGAAAAGACAGGAAAAUCGGAACCAGUUCAACUACUUACUGUGAAAAAGGAAGCCCGAGUCUCUGAAGGAACUGAUGAUCAAAAGGAAGUCGUCUUAGAAGAAAGAGCAGUGCCUGAGGAUGCCCCCUCUACGGGAGACACCACCAAAGGCACAUCACCAAAUGAAACAGCAGAAACUGCCUCUCCUAGAACACCAGAAGCAAAUGAGAUUUCUUCUCAGCCAGCUGCCUUAGCCACUGAUACUGCAUCACCAUUCAGAAAGUUUUUUACUCAGGGAUGGCCUGGACUUAGAAAAAAGAAGAGUUUCCGGAAGCCCAAAGAAGACGAAUUACAGGCUCCUAUAAAAGAAGAGGAGCAAGAAAAAGAGGGAGCAACACUAACAACUGGCACCGGUGACAGGCAGGAGAAACCUGACUUUGAGAAGCAAGAUGAAGAGAGGAAUGUGACAGCAGUAACUAGUGAAGCACACGAGAUGGAGCAAACUGAAGGGGAAAGGCAGGAGUCAGAAAAGACACUGACAGCUAUAGGAGUGGAAGCAAGUGAGAAGGAUGAGCUAGUCAAGCAUGACCAGCAAGGACAAAAAGAGGCUGUGGCAGCAACAGAGGAGAAGAGAUCUGAAGAUGGUGAAGAAAGGAGAGUGGUGGAAGUCUCUGGUCAUCUUGACAGAAAGGAAGAAGGAGAGAGAAAGGGUGAAGAGGCAGAAAACCCACAGGAACCAAGGUCAGUAGUACCUGACCUUGUCACAGACAGUGUGAAUGGAGAAUUGAAAAGAUGCUCAGAAGCCCUGCCAGUGGGAGAAGAUAAAUGGGAGUCAACAGAGAAGUAUGAAAUAGAUGACAAAACAGAAAUACCCUCUGGAGAGAAACUUGCAGCAGGAUUUUUAGCAACUGAAAUUUCUACUGAACAGCUAAAAAGACCUGAAGGAAAAGAAGGAAGUACAUCUGAUGUAAAGGAGGAGAAAGCUGAACUGACAGUGUCACUCCCAGCAGAAGACAUUAGUCAAGGAGAAGCUCUGGAGAGAAGCCCAGAGGAGGAAGCAAGCCAAGAACAUGGGGCAAAGCUGACUGUGGGUGCUCCUGAAUUGAAGUCCUUUUGCCCUCUUGAAGGUUCUGUUGAUACAGAGUUUGAUCAACAGUUGAUGCAACCCACUGAUGAAGGACUACAGGGCAAGACUGACACAGUUAUGACUGAUACUAGCAGACCAGAUGAAGUAAGAUCAGAAAGGACUCCUGAAGAGGCAGCUGGAGAAAGGCCUCCAGAAAGUAUCACAAAUGAAGCUGAACUGCUUUCUUCUCAAGAGAAGACUAAACUACAAGGCAGCCCUUUAAGGAAAAUUUUUACAGGUACUGGUUUAAAAAAACUGUCUGGAAAGAAGCAUAAAAGCAAAAGAGAGGAGUCCAAGUUAGAGGAACAGGGUGAACCAAUUCAGCACUUAGCAGAUUCACCAGAUAGCCUCGAGGAACAAAAGGGAGAAAGUUCUGCUUCUUCUCCUGAGGAGAUGAAUGAAAUCCCUGCUUUGGAAAAAGCUGCAGAUGGAAUGCAGGUCUCUGAAAAUGAAGAUGCUGCAAUUUCAGAUGUGGAGCGAAAAAGAGAAAGCGUUACACCCUGGGCAUCAUUUAAAAAGAUGGUGACGCCCAAGAAACGUGCCAGAAGGCCUUCUGAAAGUGAUAAAGAAGAAGAAAUUGACAAGACACAGAGCUCUGCAGUGUCUGCAACCUAUAGUGCUACUGACGAAAAUCGUGGAGAAGUAAAAGACAAUGCAGUGGACCAGAAAGCAGAGAAAGCCACAGAGGAGCCCAAGAGAAAGGUUGACACCUCUGUGUCCUGGGAAGCGUUUAUAUGCGUCGGUUCUUCCAAGAAACGAGCUAGAAAAUCAUCAUCCUCUGAUGAAGAAACUGAGUCUAAGCUUGGUCACAAAAGCCAGCAGAUGGAAGAUUCUGGGCAGAGCAAAGAAAGGGCAGCAGAUGCAGUUCUUACUAGCUCUCAGGAGAGCGAUCAAGGACAAGGGAGUUCUUCACCAGAACCAGCUGGAAGCCCAUCUGAAGGUGAAGGUAUUUCAACUUGGGAGUCAUUUAAACGGUUAGUCACUCCGAGAAGGAGAUCCAGAAGCAAAAUGGAAGUGAGAACUGAAGACUCGGUUGUGGGAUCUAGCCUGGAGCAUUCAACAUCAGAUGGUGAGCAUGGAAAAGAUGAGUCAUGGGUUCCAUUUCGAAAACUGAUUCCUGGGCGCAGGAAGAAGAAUUCAGAUGGAAAAGCAGAACCAACUCUUAAACAAGCAAGAGAAGAUGUGGCAGAAGCAACUGAAGAAGAUUCAGAUAUUCCAGCUGUUGUCCCUUUAUCUGAAUACGAAGCAGCAGAGCAGGAGAAAAUAGAAGCCCAACAAGCAAAAGAUGCUGAAGCAACAAGAGAACAAACUUCAGAGGAGGAGAAAGGCCAGAAAUCAGGGCAGACCCUGGGAACUGAGCAAGCACCUGAAGGGCUGGUCCAUGCAGUUGCUGUUAGCAUUGUGGAAGGGGAAAGGGCAGUUACUAGCAUGGAAGAAAGAUCACCAUCUUGGAUAUCUGCUGCUCUGACAGAGUGCAUUGAGCAGACAAAGGAAGAGAAAGAAAGUGAGAGAAAACCUGAAUUGGAUGUUCCUGUGGAAGAAGCAGUGGUAGCUGCCAAGGCAGUGCCAGACCCAAGAAAGGAUGUAAGUGAUGACUCCACAGCAAGUGAGCCAGAGCCAACCUUGGAAGCAGUGACAGCUCUGGAGGAGACGGGAGAAGCUUCCUGCGCUGAAGAAACAAUGGAAGCAUCCCUUGCUGAGGAGACAACUGAGAUGGUCUCUGCUGUUUCACAGUUGUUAGAAACCCCAGCUACUACGGAGGAAGUUACGCCUGUACAAGAAGCAGAGGCUGCUGAACAAAACUUGCAAGAAUUGGACAAACAGACACAGAAAGUUCUUUAUGAAGUUGCUGAAAGAGUCAAGUCAGCAGACACAGCACAGCUGGUUGGUGAAAGAACUGUGACAGCAAGUCAGAUUACAGCAGUACAAGGAAUUGAGUCAGAGGUGAAAGAUGAUGCUACAAACAGGAAUUUUGCAAGCCAGGAACCUAUUUUGCUUGGACAGUGCUUGGAAAAUGGAGAGAACAAGGAGGACAGCCUCCAGCCCAAGAGAAGUGGAGAGAGCACUCCAAGCCAAAACAGAGUUGAAGAGAGUGUUCAACACCAAGGUUCUGAGAGAAGUGAAAUGUCUGCUAUAGUGCAAGACAGCAGCAAAGGACACAGAAAUACAGAUGUAUGGAGAGAUGAGAGCCAGCAGCAGCCAUGUGAAAAAGUAGCUGCAGGAGACCGUGAAGCAGUAUCUGAAGUGCAGGAGUCAGCAGAGGAACUUUCAUCACAUAACAGGACAUUCCAGAGCAUCCAAGUAGUCACUGCCAAGGAAGAGCUCUUUGCACAGCAGGAACCUUCAGAAGAAGAGAAACUGCCCAUAAUGGAGUUGACAGUAGGCAAGGGAAGAGGUGAAUGUAUUCCAGAAGUACAGGCUGCAGUUUGCUUCAAUUAUCCACAGGUACAGGACAAGACAGAGGGUGAAAUCCCUUCCUUGGGUCUUACAGCUGAAGAGCCUGUGCAGCUGGAAGGAGAGGGCAAAACCCUCACUAUGGGACCAGAGCACACAGAAGCAGUUGUCACUGUGGUCCUUGUCAAACCUGAAAGACAAGAUGGAAUUCCUGACUUAGAAGAGCAAGCUUGUACUGAAGGAGCUCCUAACGGGGAACCUGCCUUCAGAGAAGAAGAGGAAGCUGAUGACAGCAUCUUAGUCCUUGGAGUAAAAAACACAGAAGUCACUGUUACUGAGGUUCCAUUGCAGAAUGAGGUCCAAAUCUCUGCCCUUCCUUCAGAAACCAUUGCCUCAGAAGCAGCUGCAAAUGCUGAGCAGAGUGCGAGGGAUGGAGCUGGUGUACGCAUUACAACAAAAGAUUCUGAGCGCCUCCUAGAGCCACAAUGCAAAGAAAAAACAACAGAAACCCACUCCCAGAGUGAUGAAACCCAAGGUGGUAAAAUGGAAGAUGCUAGUCUCAAGACUGAAACACACUUGGAGAGUGAUACCACUGCCACUGAGGCUCCCAUGCAGAUAGAACCAGACAACAUAUCUAAUUUAGCAUCAGGAUGCCCAGAUAUCGCUGAAAAUGGAAGCACUGUCUUCACUCACAGAAGUGCUAAGGAAUGUGAAAUAGCAAGCAGCUUAGGUGAAGAAGAGACUGUGGAACGAGAACAAGAAGCUGCAGAAACCUCCAACCAUCAAGACUUUGAGAAGGAAGAUAACAAAAAUGAGCAGUUGAUGGAAAGAGCCAGAGAAGUGUUUGAGUCUGGCAAAUGGGAAGCUGUGGGAAGUGAUGAAUUUUCAGCUGCUGUCCAGCAAGAGGUUUCAGCUGCACAAGAGAAAGUCUCUGCCUCAGCCUCUCCUCAAGAAGAAAGCUUGGAGGCUCUGGAAGUGCCUGUAGCAGCUGCAGCAGGUGAAGAGCAUGUCAUGUCAGGAAUGGUAACACACACAGAUAUGACAGCCAAAACCAUGCAGCCCUGGGCACCCACAGAACAGAUGGCUUCUGAAGAGCUCUCCAUUACUGCUGUUGACUCUUCAGGCUGUGACACCACAAAGCUUCUUAGUAGCAUAGCACCUGAGGCUCAAGUAACUCCUGCUUCCAUGAAUGGAGUACCAGAGGAGCAAGAGGGGCCUCAGAGUACAGAGCAACCCAAAGAAAAUGGUAUUCUUCUAAGCGACAGCCAUGCAGGAUUUGAGAAGGACGUGGUUCAGUCCCAGAGUACGAGAAUCGUGCUGAACGCCAUCCAGACGGCUGUUCACAAGCUUGCCGAAACGGAAUCGGCUGCCUUUGAGUCAGAGCAGCACAUUAAGGCCAUAGAGGAAGUCCCAUCAGACACAGAUAAACCUGAACUCCCGGGGAGUAUGCAGGCAGAUCAUCCCCUGCCGGUGAAAGAGGAAGAGGUACAGAGUAAAGAGCAAGAGGCCCAGCAGCCUGGAGCAGUGACAACUGCUGCCUUGGCAGCGUCUGCAGAAACUCAUGGAAGUGUAGGAAAGCCAAGAGAGAUGGUGUUAACUUCUGAGAUGCUGAAAGAUGGACCAAGCCAGCUUUCUGUAGCCGUGGCGAGUAGCCCUGAGGACGUCUCGAAGGAAAGCGUGAGGCUUCAGAACUCAACGCUAGAACUGCGCACUGCAGGAAAUUCAACCAAAGAGCCCCUGGCCAUACACUCACCAGAACUACAGGAAAAGGAAGCUGGGCAGGUUGUGGAAGCUGCAGGCCAGUGUGCAGGUCAGCAGACAGAGAGAGAGAGAGAGGAUGAACGACAUCAGCUGCCAGUGGAAGAUGGGAAAACACAGACGUGGGAGGAUGAUCCUUGCCAAGCAGGAGCACCUUGUGAUAGUCCACAAAGUCAGAGCCAGGCUUCUGGGGCCUUACAUAUGUACUAAGCACCCAGGUGAGACGUGGAGAGAUGCCAGUCCUAGAGAACAACUGACAAUCCUGUGACAGAGCCAGGUGCUUUAUUCACUACCCUUUGUUCUUGGAUGUCAACACCUGUUCUUUUCAAGACUUCCCUUUUUUGUUAGUUCUUUUAAAUAAACAAUGCCUUUAAUGUUGGCUAAUAUCCAUAUGAGUGUUCCAUUCAAAGGCCAUCUGCCUCUGCCCAAAACAGACCGUUGAGACUGGAAUGCACUCCACUAACAUUUUGGACAUCCUUAUUACUGUCCCCUCACUUAACGUGUGUCCUGCCUGCACCGCACCGGUCUCCUGGAAUUCUUCCACUCAUCGCUGAAUCUCCCUUUCUUUCUGCAGUCUUUCUUACCCCCAUCAACUUCUAUGGCUGCCUUGAUUUCACCUACCAAGUGGCUGUAGCUGCUGCUUGACUUGGGUGUGAGGUAGAAAGGCUGACUGAUGAGAACACAUGAGACUUCUGACCCUGUAGCAGAUGUGUCUUUACCAAACAGCGGGAACUGGAUCAGGCACCAGUUCUUGAGCAAGAUGCUCAGGAUUGCUGCCUUCCAGUCUCCUUCAGGCAUCUCUAUCCAUCCUUUAGUUGUGUUUGUGCAGGUCUCAUUUACUCAGAAAUUACUUCUACAGCAUAGCUUCAAAGGAGGUUGAGAAUACUCUUCUGUUGUUUCAGACUUUAGGUCUUGGGACUGGACUGUGAUGUGUUGAAUAUUCCUAUGUAUGUCUUAACACAGUUCUGAUUUUAAUAUAGAGCUAUGAUACUUAAUGUGUUAUUUAGGCAUACCCUUAAAUUAAUUUGGUAGAGAACAAACUGAUACCAUUUGAGCAGAAAUUCUUGAGACAUAGUUUCCUAUUUAUUGUUCCAGGUUUCUCCUCCUUGUAAAAUCACUCCAAAACUUGGCUGUCUUACUUUGAACAUUUAUAUGCACAUCCUAAACCCAGUUUCGACUUAAAUGUAGACCUUCUAAAGACUAAAGGAGAGACCCGACCUGUGUUGGAUCCACCAAUCCCUUCUACUUACAGUCCUCCCUGGUUUCUGAGAACCCUCCAGACUUGCCAUUUCCCUGUCAUCUGGCUCAUGUAGCAGCCCUGGUGGUACUACAGCCCUCAAAUCGCACCCAUCUCAUAGAGUCAUAGAAUAGUUUGUGUUGAAAGGGACCUCUGCUCAUUUCUAGUCCCCAUGCAACCCCAAGCCUUUCCCCACACCAACACUAACAUCCUUCCUGCAUACAAACUUCCACCUUUCUCAAGCCCUGACAGUGCCUCUUUCCUGACACAGCAUCUGCUGAAAUCCUCCCAAAUCCUAUCAAUUCCCUGGCUUCACUGAUGGGAGGAGUAAGGAGGAGGGUACAGGCUUGGUGAUGAAUUCUGCCUCGGAUUGCAAAAAGCUGUUAAGACCUGUAGAUCUGUAGACCAGAAUGAGCAGGGCAAUUUGAAGGUAUGAAGAAGCCCCAAGAUCAAGAGUCCUGGCAUGCCUGCCCCCAACAGGAGUUGCUCUUUUGCUGUUUACAUUAAAAUUGAACUCGGUGUACAAGUCAGUACAUUCAGCUCUGAUUUCUGCAGUGAAGGUUACAGAUCACACUUUGUGAAACCCAGUCCCAUCAAGCGGAACAACAGCUCAGUAUCCUACCUGCAUAGUAAUUCAUUUUAAAAUCAACUUUUAGUAUAAAAUGCUUGUUGUGGCAGGUGCUUGCCACUCAAGGCUGCACAUACAGCAAGCAAUGUGACUGGAGCAAUUGCAUCAGCUGGUGCUACCCCACGUGGAAGCAUCAAAAGAGUUUUCCUUACCUCAGAGGAAAUGACAUAAAUAUUUAAAGCCAAACAGUGUGGUUUCAAAUAAUCCAGGCUAUCUCUGUCCAGCAUUACUGGCAACUUCCCCUGUUAGCUUUGGCCAAUUCCAACAACUUGGGUUGAGUUGGCUUGCAAGUUAAUCAUGCUCUUAAUAACACCUUGCAAGUGCAAACUUGGCUGAACUUGUACAAAUUGUGUACCUAUGUACAUUAAGCCAUAUUGCAAUAACUGCAGCAGGUAAAAUGAAGUAACAACAGCAUGACCUGAGUGAUCUUGAUUCUUAGAUUUGUAGCUCCAAAGCUGUUGAUAAUAUGUAAAGUUAAUUCUUGUUUGAAGCUCAUUUAAAUAAAGCUAGCUUUACCACGGUGUAAAUUGUCUGCUGGUAGUAAUUGGGACAGGCAAGUGCUUUAACUUGUCUGCUUUCUCCAUUCACCCAGGGCUUAGGUAAGCAAUGUAGCAGAUUUAAACACAAACCAAAAGAAACAGCUUCUUAGAGUCGACUCCUUAAAGAAUACUGCUCCCAAACCCACGCAAAUGGUGCAAGGAGCAUGCCUUCACGUGAAGAAUGUACUUUGGCCUCUGAAACUCCCUUUUGAGACUGUGAAUUCUGGCUUAUGCUUAACAGCUUGAAGCUUUCUCUGAUCCAAUGUGUUGGGUCACCCAACUGAAUUUUGUGUUUUUAAGGUAGAUUUUAAUUGGUUAAAUAAAAUGCAACUACAGCUUUGUUCUAA